AUGAGCAAACGCUUUCGAGACACGCUGCCACCUACACGACUCACGGCACUCGCAGCCACGGCGAUGAUGGCCGCCCGGCAUUCCUCCUUGAAGAUCCAGAUGCUCAGCAAGGUCCCCGACGUGGAUAUGUACGAAGAUGUUAUCCAAUUAACGACAACACUCCAGCUCAAUCCACCUGUAUCUAUCUAUAUUAAAAGCGACUCACCAUAUCGGGUCACUCUGAUAAAGGGCAACAGCGUUGACGUCGACGCUGGCCCCCAGUCCAUCACCAAGAUCGCGUCCUCAAGGUUGCUUAUCAUUGCGUCAUCAGCGCCGCUGAAGUCCGCAUUCGCUGAAGGAUGGAACAGGCUGCCAGCCGAGCUAAAGAGCCUGACUCUUGAGUUCAAUAUGAAAGCCGAGAAUCGCGUCGGAGCGGGCAACAACACAGUCUACCCUUCAAUAGUCCAUCGUCAGUUACUUCCCCACCUGGUAAUGACACGCGAGAUCGCCGAAAUGGCGCGAGAAAUCUUCUGGACCAAGAAUGAGUUCUAUCUAGAGCCGUCAGAUCAGUCUGUCGUUAUCGGAAACAGACGGUUAAACAAGCGCUUCUACUUCGCCUAUCCCCCACAAGCAUUUCAUCAUCUCAUUCGGCGGGUCGUUGUGCGGAUCCUCCCGAUGAGGGAUGAGUGGCUUAAACUCGCUAAGCUUGCAAACGGUGACUAUGGUUUCGCUGCGCUUCGUAACGUCGUUGUCGAGCUUGACUUGCGGCGCAUGUUGUACAAUGCGAGAGCAUGGACCAACUUUCUCGCCCAGAUCGUCGGCGAUGGAGUCAGUUUUCACUGCGCUGGCAAUGUGAAGUUUCUUGCUCCACAGUACGCUGAGAAUGUGUCAUCAGAGCUUUCGUUCAAGGAUGUGAAGAAGAUGUUCACAGGCAAAAUCAGGUUCGCGGUCGAGGAGACCAAGUCGCAUGGCUGA